UGCACAGCAACGCCGCGAAUGAAGAAGUGAGCCACCGCAGUGUGUCAACAUGGAGACGCUGUCGCUGCCAAGAGUUUAUUUAACAGCAAAAUAGAUGGACCUGUCGUCUCUUAUAGGCGGAUUCUUAACUAGUAACUAACAUUUUAGCAGCGGCGCCAUGAGAAGCCAGCGCAGCAGCAGCAGCGGCAGCAUCAUGGAGCUGUUCGAGGAGGGAAAGGUUCUCACAGUGUGCGCCCCCAUGGUUCGUUACUCCAAGUUGGCUUUCAGGUCCCUCGUCCGGAAGUACAACUGUGACGUCUGCUUCACUCCGAUGAUCGUCGCUGCGGAUUUCGUCCGCUCAGCCAAAGCCAGAGACAGUGAAUUCACCAGCAGCCGCAGCGACUCCCCCCUCGUUGUGCAGUUUGCGGCCAGUGAGGCUCAGACUCUGGCUGACGCUGCCUGCUUGGUCGCUCCGUUCUCCAAUGGUGUUGACCUUAACUGUGGCUGUCCUCAAAGAUGGGCCAUGUCAGAAGGCUACGGAGCGUGUCUCAUCAAGAAGCCGGAACUGGUGCGCGACAUGGUCAGACAUGUGCGGAACCAGGUGGACAAUCCAAACUACACAGCCUCCAUUAAAAUCAGAAUCCACAAGGACUUGAGGCAGACGGUUGACCUGUGCCAGAAGGCGGAGUCGGCCGGCGUCUCCUGGAUAACGGUUCACGGGCGAACAGCAGAAGAGCGCCACCAGCCCGUCCACUACGACGCCAUCAAAACCAUCAAAGACAGCGUGUCCGUACCGGUCAUCGCCAACGGUGACAUCAAAUACCUCCGAGACGUGGAGUCCACUCACCAGCUGACGGGUGUUGAUGGUCAGAGACCGUGCCUGACCAUGACCCUGCAGUGGACCGCAGUGGCCUUGUUCCUCUACGCCGAGGUCGCCGUCCUCCUCAUUCUGUGUGUCCCGUUUGUGUCUGCCAAGAGGUGGCAGAGGAUCUUUCAGUUCAGGAUCUGGAGCAACUUGGCCCGGUUCUGGAACAAAGUCUUCCUCGCGAUGAUUAUCAUCCUCAUCGUUCUCUUUCUCGACGCCGUGCGGGAAGUGAGGAAGUACUCGUCCAGGGAUGUGAGCUCCAACGCCAAGCUGAUGCCCAACAUGCACGACCACAUGCACAUGAAGCUUUUCCGGGCUCAGCGAAACCUCUACAUCUCUGGAUUUGCUGUCUUCCUCUGGCUGGUCAUGAAGCGAGUGGUCACCUUGAUUAACCAGCUGGCCACGGCCACCACGGCGACGGCGGCGCUUCAGGAUCAGGCUGAUCAAGCAAACCUGGCUGCCAAAAAGUACCUGGAGGACAACGCGCUUCUGAAAAAGACUCUGAUGGCUGGGAAGGGCGACCAGGCGACCGCUGAAGGCAUGGAGCUGCUCAGGAAGGAGCUGGAGAGACUCCAGGAAGAGCACAGGAGAUCAGGAGACGCCCUGAAGACGUCCCAGUCGGAGGCAGAGGUGAUGAAGAAGCAGAUGGACGGUCUCUCCCAGGAGUAUGACAGGCUGCUGAAGGAGCAUCAGGCUCUGCAGAAUCUUCAAGAUGAUGGAAACAAAAAAGAUGAUUAGAGUUGUCAGGUG